AUGUGUUUGUUCAUUGAACGACUCCCUUCCCAUCCUGAUUACCGCACCGUCUCGGCAAAAGAUGUUGCUGAAGUCAAAAAGAAAGUAAAACAGGUAUUUCCUUUGGCAGAAGAAAUUAAGUCAAAGCUAAAGCACCGAUAUAAAGAAGAACAAAAAAUGCGACAGGAAGUUGAAAAAAAACGUCAAGCAGAGUUGGACAAAGAGGAAGAAAAGCGAAGACAAGAAGAAGACAAGCUAAAACUUGAGGAGCUGGCUAUCCUGGAACAGAAGAAGCUGGAGUCGGAGGAGCAGUGGAUGCGAGAACAGGAGGAGCGCUAUCACGAGCUGCAGGAACAGGAGCGCAGAAAGGCUUCUCAGACAGACGAACAGAGAGAUCUUCCCACGAACAAUUUGUCUAGUCACAGUGGACUGAACAAUGAACGUCCUGCGGUGCCUUCCGGCACACUAGAAUUUGUGCCAAAUGACCUGGGUGAUAUGUCGUUGAUCCAACCAAGUCGACAGGAUUAUGUACCUCCACAAGUGCCGGACAGAGAGCUGAAGAAAAACUUAACAAUUAACGAUAUUCCUGGUUCACCAAGUCCGUCUGUGGACCGAUCAACAAAACCGGCACUGAUUGACCACUUCACUAGUCCGUUUGGUGGCAGUGGACUGCGGCAGGUUACAGUUCCUAAAGAUUUGAUAAGUCAGUUUACAGCGAUUGCACAACCCAACACGGAUAAAAAUGUAGAAACCCUGGGCAUCCUGUUUGGUUCACUGGCCCAGAAUGCUUUCCACAUCACCGAUUUGUUUAUCCCGCACCAGACAGGUACACCCGACAGCUGUGAUAUGGAGUUCGAGGAGGACUUGAUAGACUAUCAGGACAAGCUGAACCUCAUAACACUUGGAUGGAUUCAUACCCACCCAACGCAGACAGCAUUUCUGUCCAGUGUUGACCUGCAUUCACAGUUCCCUUAUCAGAAGAUGUUGCCAGAAGCUAUAGCCAUUGUGUAUUCACCAAAGUUUCAAGAGACUGGUAUCUUCCGCUUGACGUCAGAUCGAGGACUUGAUACCAUUGGCAGAUGCAAAGAGAAAGGAUUCCAUUAUCAUGCCAAAGAACCUCCACUUUUUGAGAACUGUGACCAUGUGACAAUACUUGAAAAUAAAAAAGCUUCAGUUUCCGAUUACAGAAGAAAAUGAAAAACAAAAGAAGACUUUAUGUUACAAGAUGUUGGUGCUUAUUGUAACGUGAUGCAAUGUUUUCACCGGAUUUGAAAAUCAGCAUGCAUGCUUGUAAAACAUUUUUAAAAUGUCCAGACUUUAGUAAAGUCUGAAAUUCUGCAUGCAUUUUAUGAUGUUCAAGACUAAUGACUUUAAAAAAAGCAUUGAUUCUUGACUAAAUAUACAGAACUUCACAUAUGGACAUUACCUUUCUGCUGCUGGCGAUGGUAUCAACAUUUGUGUUUAGCUCAGUGUUAAAGUUUCACAAUUAACUGCCACGUUUCACAAACUAAGUCUGACAUCAAUUAAAUUUGUGUUAUAGUUACAUCGGUGAAUGUUCAUCUUAAUACAAUGUCAUGUUAAAAACAAAAAUAAUAAUAAUAAUAUUUUUUUUUUUUUUUUAAAUAUACAUUGAGAUGAACAUCUAUGGAUGCAAUUAUGACCAUCACCAAAUAAAAUUAUGAUAGGUGAGACAGUUCUCCAGAUGUAACAAAAAGGGCAACCUAAUACCAGCCUUCACUGAAAGUGUUUUUUGUCAAUAAUUUCAGUUUGGCUUAAUGUAACAAAACAAAAGGAAACCCAUUUUUAAAAAACACAAAUAUUUUAUAGUUACAGUAUGUACAAUUUGUAGGCUAUAAACACUGGUUAAGAUAUGAAUAAAACGGCACUACUGAAACCGUAAAACAUGUAGUCUGCUCACAGAAAUUGAAAUUAUAUUUUCUCAAUAUUUGUUUUUACUGUGGUAGGCAGCACAAUCAAUAGCAGAAAAAGAAAGAAAAAUGUUUUAUUUAUUGACGCACUUGAUACAUUUUUAUUUACAGUUAUGUGGUGUUGGACAUAUGGUUUAGUGAAGGCUGGUAUGGGGUAUAAAGUAAGGAUGUGAGUAUAUUUGGAGUGAAAUGUUUAAUGUUCCACCAGAUGUUUGACACGAAAACAAUCCAUUAACAAACGUCUUUUUGACAGUUCUUGUGGCAGUAGGUUUUAUGUUACUGGAAGAUUGUAGAUUGUGAAGACAUUUAACAAAACAAGUAUUAUUUUAUGGUGAUACUAAUAUUAUUAAAAAAAUAAUAAUAAUAAUAAUUAUAACUUGUAUUAAUUUUAACGGAUGAAAUUAUUAUUUUGUUCUACAAAAUAAAAUUAAAAUUAAAUGUUCAGGGGAGCUAACUCUUAAUAGCAUAAAAGAAGUAUUGUGCAGGUCACAAUAGUCUUUUAUUACUUAAUAAUGGGUAUGUAAUAAAGUUUAUUAAGAGAUGGUGCUUGCGCUUAUAAGACUACAGUCCAGACUCCAGACCUAAGCAAAAUCUUCAGACUUUUAACUACAUACUACUUGUAUAUGUAAAACUUAAAUGAAGCUUUGAGUCUAGCCACUGAAGAUUUACAAACACGAGGCCAGGCCCUCUGCUUAUUAAACUUUUUAAAGUCUUUAAACACUUUGAGACAUUUAACAUCAUAGCAUCUCAUUCAAAUUGCAUGUGUGUUAUAUCAUAAUUUUUUUGGAGUCGAGACUCAAAACGGGUUAGAAGCUCAGGCUCAGGAGUGACUUAACUUGCUUCCUUACAACCUUUCAGGACCUGAUGCAAAUGGAAAAAGACACCAUUGGUUUAUCAAAACAUCCUGAUAACCAGUGCAUUCGUUAGCUGGUUUUUUCAUACUGGAGUGACGUUGAACAUUCAUUCAUUCAAUCAUUCAUUCAUUCAUUCAUUCAUUAGCUGUGGUGACAUUUGUACUAACUACAUAGUUUAUAAUAAAAUGCUCCAACUUCAAUGCAUCAUAUUUGUACAGGGGCGGAUUAUGGGGGGGGGGGGUUUCCCAGUUGCAUAGAACCCCUCCCCUCGGCUAAAAAAAACCCCACCCCACCACAUAGAUCUAAAUUGAUGUCCACAUAAAAUUUACAAUUUCAAAUUAUAAACAUUUCCAUAUUGUUUCGGAAACCCCCUUACCUAAACCAUAAUCCGCCCCUGUUGUACAUGGUUGUGUUUGGUGAAUGUAGUUGCUCCAUGAUUCUUUAUACAAUUUACCAUACAGUGCUUUAUACCUUGUUUAAUUUAUUUAUUUUUAAUUAGCUAUGAAUUUAUUUAUUUUGGUAAUUUGAAGGGACUCCCUAGUCAAAUUCAAACCUACUUAAAGCGGCAUUAUUCGGGAUUAUUUUUAUUAUUUAAGCAUAUAGAACCGAAAAUCCAAUUAUGUUUGGUGCAUGUAUGACGUUGCACUCCACAUUGGUUUCACUACGCUGGCUUAUCCAGGUCAAAAACAAAGCCAGUAUUUUGAAAGUGGGACACUUUUGACGGGCUCGUACCGAUAUUGGUUUUCAUUGGCUUAUCACAAGUAUAGAA